GCAAUACAAUAUGAUGAAGAUGAAGAUGCUUGUUUGCCUUUGAAAACCUGUUUAUUGUAAAGUCAUUGUAAGGUCUCAGCUUAAUGACAGCAUGACAUGCAUGUUAUUAUCAAGAUGUCAGUCUAUAAUCAGUUUAACACAUCAAUGAACAGAAGUGUCAGUUUCAUUUGGAUUAUUUAUGCAAGAAUGAAAAGCAAACCUGCUACAUUCCCCGAGUCGGUUUCAAAGAAACUAGGCGGUUACCUCCGCCGUAAUUUCCAGUCCUGUUUAAAAUGCACUGUAUCAAUAAAUGAGACAUCACCAGCUUGUGUCAGUUCCUACACACGCCUUCUCAUCAAAUGGCUUGAGGCUGAAUAAUUCUUGCUCAGUGGCACUGUGACAGGAAGCUGCCCAUGAUGUGUGGGGAUGGUAGGGCUGUAGAAAGACAGGCGGCAGGUGGUUUGGCACAGGCCUCAAUCCAAGCAUUCCCACUCGCACGCCAUUCAUAGAAUUUGUAUUAGUCAUUACAAGGGAUAACAGGGUCAUGGCUAAAGCCUAUAAUUGGUGCUACCUGCUCCAUAAGUGUUUCUGAACUAUUUGGAAUUCGUCCCAGUUGUGGCACAUGCAGACAGGUCUGUAGAUGUAAACCCUGUCAAGUUUAUCCUUAACUGUUAAACUGGUCACCUUGAUUUAAACAUACAAAUACUAGGUGUUGUGACCACAAAGCUUUUAAAAGUCUUUCAUGUGAGAGUGUGAUAUAAAUAGAGGCUUUCUUUGGCUACAAGUGCUGCUUCCUCUCUCUUUUUGUGCACAGUGUACUCAGACUACAGCAAGCCCAGUACAGCUCCUUCAGUCCUUCAGCCAGAUUUACGGACCCUAGUUGUACAACUCGAAUACUUCCCAGGGCACAGGAACAACAGAUGGACUGUCACCCCUCCUCCAUCCUUGGCAUCUUAACUGUACAGUAUAAAGCUCAAAGUUUGGGCUUAGGCUAGUCAUUUGCUAGUGGAGAAUAAGACUGGAAGAACAAGAGAAGAAAUCAUAUUAAGUGAAGAACUGGAACUAUAGAGUCAAUGAUGACGGCUCAGAAAACUCAGGACACUGCAACAAAAUAUCAGGAGCACCUGAAAAGACAAAGAGACAUUCUGGUUUUCCGAAUGAAGAAGCUUUCAUCAAAACAAUCUGACUUCACUAGCAAGGCUGCAGCUCAAAAAGAGAAGUUUAAGAAAAAAUAUGAUGACAUGAAGAGGGUUUUGGACGAGGAUCUAAGAAUUACACUGAGCCAGCUGGAUAUUGAGACAGAGGCCAUGGAGAGAACUGUUGAGGACAGUAUUGAGAAGUGCUAUCACCUCACGCAAGAAAUCGAUCAGCAGCUUGGUGAACUGUCUGCACAGAUGGAGAAAGAUCAACGUCAGGUUCAAGAGAAGAUGUCAGAGAUGGAGGAAAGGAUAAUAGAGACUCUGAAGAAGACAGAUCCUGAGUUCAUUCAGAUGGAUGAAUUUAAGAAUGAACAGCUGCUCGGCUUAACCAUCAAUCUGCUGCUGUUCAUACGCUCUCAGGUUCCUGUCACCAAGAAACUCUUCCAAAGCUAUGCACAAAAAGUUGUUCUGGAUCCUGACUCUGCUCACCCAAAGCUUAUUAUUUCCCCUGAGGGUGACUCAGUCACUUACACUGAUACCUGGCAGGACGUUUCUGAAAACACCUCUCGAUUUGACAACACCCUGAAUGUGAUUAGCAGGAAGGGCUUCACAGAUGUUCGCAACUACUGGGAGGUUCAGGUUACUGGUAAGACAUACUGGGAACUAGGGCUCACAUACCCCAACAUCUCUAGGAAGGGUCGAGAGGAGGACUGCUGGUUGGGCCGGGGCCCGACGUCCUGGUGCAUUGAAUAUUUCAAUGGUGACUACACGGCCUGGCACAAUGGCGUUCCCCAAAAGCUUACCCAUGUAAAUGGGAUAACUUUUCAGCGCAUUGGCAUAUUCUCCAGCUCAGAAGGAGGUUUGGUUUGCUUUUUGGGGGCUGACACCAUGACGCCCCUGUACAGUUUUUGUGCAGGAACCUUCACAGACUCACUCUACCAGGCUGUCUGUCCUGGUCACGACAACCAGGAGACCAACAGGAAACCACUGCUUAUAUGCGAUGCUUCGAAAUCCACCCCAUUCUUGUAAUGGAAACCAACGAGGGUUGGGGUCUAAUUCAUUUAUUCAGUAAGGAUGCAUUAAAUUGAUUAAAAGUGACAGAAAAGAUAUUCAUAAUGUUACACAAGAUUUUUCUUGUGUAAAAAAAGAAUUCUGUUUUCUUUUCUAGUCCUGAAUAAAUAUGCCAUGGUUUUCAUGAAAUAUUAAGCAGCACAACUUUUUUCAACAUUGAUAAUAAUAGUAAGAAAUAUUCCUUCAGCAUCAAAUCAGCAUACUAUAAUGAUUUCUAAAAGGGACAUUGGACACUAAUAUCUACUGAAAGCUUUACCAACAUAGGGAUUAAUUACAAAUAAAUCAACGUUUUGUAAAUUGUAGUUUUCAAAAACAAUUUAAAAUCUUAACAAACCUAAACUUCUGACAGUAGUCUGUAAAUGCUUUGAAAAAAGGCAGAUUUCAAUAAAGUCUUUUAAUACACUAAAAAAAGGCUUACAAAGGCAUUCAUUUGAAUUAAAGUCAUUUGAACAAAAAUCAGCCCCACUUUAUACGAUGUAAUGUUUUCACAAUCUUAACCAUUUUUUCAGGGCAUCUGUGCAA